AUCCUACUAACGGCUUCAUGUGUUGCUGCUGCCUCUUUACGUUUGGUCUCUUCCAUCAACCCCUGUAUUGCUCAAUCUAAAAUGGUAUCGUCCGCCGUGUCAACAUGGAGUUCCUGUGUUUCCAAAAACAGUCGACAGCUGCAGGUCUAGCUAACGCUACUGCUCCUAGGCACGAAUGGAACCCGAUGCUAUCAGCACUUUGUACCGCGAAUAUAGUGGGUAUCCCACCCCUAUUUCUGCCUUCGUGACGGCGAAUGACUACAUGGCACUAUUAAACGGCACGAGUUUCACUUUAUCGACAGAGUGGAGUCAGAGUGAGACAGUCCGGGGAGCCAGACUGCACUAUGCCCAGCAGUGGACACUGAUUCAAAACUACAGUAAAGAGACAGACAUAGACAUCCUACCACCAAGCCCCUGCAGCCUUUUACACGGAGAAUUGCUGAGUUCCUAUUCCCCGUCUGGAGCGCUGAAGGCGGUUGUCAGGGAAACCAGCAGUCAGGGUGCGGGACAUCAGUUCCUAGAGGUAUGGAGCAACUAUGGCUUAAAAAAAAUCCUCCAUCUCACAGCUCUCAACAAACAUGGGAGAGUGUAUGAGGAUGCUCAGUUUGGCUGCCUGGCCUGGUCUGCAUGUGAGAGCAGGGUGCUGUAUGUAGCUGAGGGGAAAAGGUCUAUAGCAGAUUCAUCAGCUUCAGCGUCCAGCCCAUCAGCUGGAGACCCAACAGCAGGGCCCUCAGGAGGCCCUUCUGGGAAGCAGGACAAGAGUGUGUACUGGGAGGACUGGGGUGAAGGCUUGACCAGUAAGAGUGUCCCAGUGCUGUGUGUGGCCGACGUGGCCAAGGGCACGGUAACAGUGCUGCAGGGAGUCCCUUCAUACGUGUCCCCAGGCCAGGGUCUCUGGGCCCAUGAUGGCGAGGGUGUGUUUUUUGUGGGCUGGUGGCAUGAGCCCUUCAGACUGGGCCUGAGGUUCUGCUCCAAUAGGAGGUCAGCUCUGUUUUGUCUGGACCUGGAAGGAAACUGUGAGUGUCUGUCUGGGGACACCAGCUCCGUCUCAUCCCCCCGUCUGAGCCCUGAUGGACGCUACCUGGUGUACCUGCAGGGACAGGUCUUUGGGCCCCACAGCCAGUGUCUCAGCAUGCAGCAGUAUGACCUGGAGACAAGGAAGAUCUCGGUGCUGGUGGACGUAGUCAAUAGGCCAAAGAAAGAUGAGUUUGCUGGGCUGUAUGAGGCUCUGCCACCUCGUUGCUGGGCGUCAGACAGCCAGAGAGUGGUCUUCAGUAGCGCCCGGAGGAACUGGAGGGACCUCUUUGUAGUGGACAGGAUCACUAGGAGAGUAACCCGCAUGUCUGACCCUGAGAAAUUUGGGAGCUGGAAGCUGCUCACCAUCCAGAAAGACCUGAUGGUGGUCCAUUGUUCCCAUCUGAAUGAGGCCCCACGCCUGGCAGUGGCUUUUCUUCCGUCGGCCGGGGGGGAGGGGGAGGUGUCCUGGGACCCUCUGGACGAGUCGUGUCUGCAUGGUGCUAUCGUCGAUAAUCUGGACAUCAGCCCUACGCCCCAGGAGGAGAACCCAGAGUACUCUGGUCUAGACUUCGGGGCUCUGCUGGUUACAUCAGACCACCUUCCUUCAGGCACCAAAGUCCCUCUGGUGGUGUUUGUCCAUGGUGGGCCGCACUCCCAGUUCUUUACAGAGUGGAAUGUCACCACAGCAGUCCUGGUCAAAGUUGGCUUUGCUGUACUCAUGGUGAAUUACCGGGGUUCCACUGGCUUUGGCCAGGACAGCAUCCUCUCUCUGGCUGGUAACAUCGGCAGCCAAGACGUCAAGGAUGUACAGAGGGCUGUGCUAACUGCCCUCGCUGACCAAACUGCUGAGAAGCUCGUGACCCUUGACCCUGAUAAAGUGGUGGUGAUGGGUGGGUCCCACGGGGGCUUCCUGGCCUGCCACCUGAUUGGCCAGUACCCAGACUUCUACAAGGCGUGUGCUGUCAGGAACCCAGUCAUCAACGCUGCCACCUUACUGGGAACCAGUGACAUCGUGGACUGGCGUUAUUCCAGUGUGGGGAUGCAGUACUCUUAUGACCAGCUGCCCACCCCAGAGGCUCUCACUACCAUGCUCCAGAAAUCCCCCAUCACCCACGCACCUCAGAUCAAGGCCCCAGUGCUCCUGAUGCUGGGGGGUAAAGACAGGAGAGUGUCCCCUCACCAAGGUCUGGAGCUGUACCGCUCUCUGAAGAGCAGGGGCUCCCCCGUCAGGUUGCUGUGGUUUGCGGAGGACGGCCACUCUCUGGCCCGUGUGGACACUCAGGCUGACUGCUUUCUCAACGUGGUGCUGUGGUUCCAGCAGCACCUCCACCUGCACUGAGCCUCUACUGGUAUGACUGGACACACACACAAAGAAGUGAACUGUGGAAUUAAGACAUCCACACUUGUGUAGUGUACUCCCGUUGUACAGUUCAGUUGAGAACGUCAUUGUUACCAGGUUCUUCCGGUGUGUUCUUUUUCUAUGGUUGCAUCAUGUUAUCAUGCCAACAAUAAAUGUUUUGUUGAAUAUAUGACAACCUUUUGCGUUGAUUGUAAAUUGUGCACAACCCUCUGUGAGCUCCAUGAGGCAGUGGAUGA